GGCCUUGGGAUCUGCGCGUGCGCAGUCGCGCCCCGUCAGUUGGCGGGGCAAGCCGCGCGUCUGUUGAGCCUCGUCGCCUCAGUUGAUAUCCUUCUCCUUCGCGGAGCCUAUCAGUGUAUGUGCCAUUGAAGGCGCACUUGGGGUUCAUCGUCAGUCCUCAUAAGUAGGGAAUGUUAGCCUAUUUUUCCAAGACUGAACUGUAAAGAGGAUCAAAGGACCAAACAGGCAUACUUUGAAAGGAAAAAAGAUCCUGAUGUUUGCAAAUGAGUCUAAGGUUCUAUCACAAGAUGAACUCCGGAAAAGGCUGUACCAGACAUUUAAGAAACGAGGCAUCCUGGACACACUCAAGACACAGCUGCGAAACCAACUCAUACAUGAAUUAAUGAAUCCAGCUUUAAGAGGAGAAAUUCAACCACAAGCCGUUUCUCAUGAGUGCAGUUCAUUGAUAAUUGGUGCUUCAAACAGUUUGGUGGCAGAUCACCUGCGUCGAUGUGGCUAUGAAUAUUCACUCUCUGUCUUCUAUCCAGAAAGUGGACUAGAAAUAGAUAAGGUGCUAACAAUGGAAGACCUGCUGCAAUUGAUCAGGAUCAAUCCAAAAACUGACCUCUAUAAAACGCUGGUUUCUGCUUCAAAAAAGGAUAAUACAAAAGGCUUUCUUAUACAGAUUUUGACAGAGUUGACAGAACAUAACUUAAAUAAGGAGAACUGUAGCAUAGGAACACAGACAAGUCCAUUGCCUGGGAAAGAAUCUCUUGCUGAAAAACUUCAACUAAUUGAUGAACAGUUUGCAGACCUGUAUCCUCAGCGCCAUAUAUCUGAAUCCUUACAAGUAAAACUUGCCGAAUACAGAAAAGAAAUAGAGCACCAGCAUCACACAGAAAUGGCUCAAAAGUUAGAGCACUUUAGACAGGUUGAAAUAGCCAAAAUUAAAAUGGAUGAGAGAGCGCGAUCUCAGAAAGAAAUUUCCGAACUUCGUCGAGAGUUUGAGAAGGAUCACCAGGCCAAGUCAGAGGCUCUGAGUUCUCGAGAGAGAAAUGCCAUUGAGAGACUUCAGAAACAGCAAGAGAUAGAUGCCAGAGAAAUUUAUCUGCAAAGGCAAAGCCUACUGAAAGAUAUCGAAACCAUUAGAACCCGAGAGGCAGAACUUAAGCAGAGAAUGGAGACUUUGGAGCUAACUCAAAAGCUCCAAGAAUCAAAAAAUAAAACUGUUGAAGAAGCGCUUCAUCGUCGUGAGAUGGCUGUGAAGAAUAUUGAGGAGACUUAUGAGCAGAAGCUCAAGAACGAUCUCCUCAAGUAUCAGCUUGAACUAAAAGAAGAAUACCUACAAAGAACCAAGAAGAUCGCUGAAGAUGAGAGAAAACAGAAGGACAAAGAAAUGCUUUUACAUGAAGAGACCAUUUCUCUUAAUUCCAAAAAGCAAGAAUUUCAGCAAGCCAUAUCACAUGUAAAAGAUCUUGAGCUGGAAUUGGAUUCAGUCAAGGCUAAACUGUUGUUACUAAGUAAACAAAAUCAGUUGCUGACGGGAAAACUGAAAGACUUCUCAGAUUAUCCCACAUUAAAAGAGGAGAAAAUGGAGUUUCAAGUGCAGAAUACACUACUUAAGCAGCAGUUGGAAGAGGCACACAAUGAAAACCUACAACUCAGAAACAAACUAAGUCAGCCAUCAUCUGAAUAUAUGAUCCUUCAGACAGAAUUAAAAAGGGUAGAACAUACUAGAAAACUUGAACAAGAGGAAUUUGAAACUCACAAGCAGCUCUUGGAAAAACAGUUACAAAACGAGGUUGAUCAUUGUUUACAAAUGAAGUCUCAGCUGUCAGAAUAUGAAAAUACUGUCAGGAAAUUAAAUGCUCAAAUGGAAGAUCUGAGGCUACAACUGAGGCAAACACAGACAGCACUAGAAAAUGAAGUGUACCGGAAUCCUAAGCCAUCCUUGAUCGAUCAUUCUGUCAUUGACUUGAUUGGAGAUAAGUUGGUUCCUCAUGACAUUUAUGUCGAUGGUACUCUCUUGAAAAUGCGGCCUUUGCCUGAUACUAUUGGAAUGGGAAAUGCUGUAAGCCCCAACCAUAACGAUCACAUCGAAAGAUCCAGUUCUUCAUUGGAUUCUGAUUUAGAAUUUGUAGCUAACACCAAAGCUAGGAUAAAGGAAUUGGAGAGAGAAGCUGAGCAUUUAGAAAAGGCCUACAGAAAUUACCAGCACAGAGCCAUUCAAAGCAGUGCUGGCCCAAUGAAGACCCCAUCCUGUUUGCCUUUGUCAAAUAAUUUUAUUGUGGCAUCUGGCCAAAAACCUUGGGUUGCACAGAGUAAUCUGUACCCCCAGGAAUUUCCUGUUCACUGUCAAAAAAGUGAAAGCUAUAAUUGGACACCAGGAAAUGGGGAUUGUCUGAAAGUUAAUUUGACCCCUCCACAAAAAAGAACAGUUGCUUCCAGACGUCUGUCUUCUACUCCUGUUUCCAAAGCAAAACGAAACAUUAGCAACAAGCUGUUUUCUGAAGGCCCCAGUGGCUCAUCCCUUGCUGCUCCCCUUCAGAAUGCUGAUCAGCCUCUCUCCCCCAUUCCAAGGACAGGCGACCGCUCAUCUCCUGAAUCUGCUUCUAAUAUGUCUGCUUCCUCUUCACCAGCCCACAGUGAGAAAAAAUUAAGUCUUCAUCAAGAACAAGGUGAAAAUCAAAAUUCCAACAACUCUGCAGUCCCUGAGAAUCUGUUGUAUGAUGAUCUUGAAAAUCAUGACUCUGAUAAUGAAGAUCAAGAGGACAUUCCAGAACAGCUCAAAAGCAAUGUGUCACAUCCUUCUGGGGACACUGUUAGUGGGAACCAUGUCCCAGCUAGUGUGCUAGCAACAGGCACUUCACAGCAGGAGGACAGAAGUGAAGCAAAGACAGAAGCCUUAGAGAAACAAAGGCAUCUUGAAGUUCAGCAAGAAGAAGCAGAGCAGGAGUGGGAAGAAAGGAGACACCAAGAAGAAAUAAGGCAGGCAGAGAGGCUGGAAGCUUUUGAAAAAGAUCAAGGGAAGCUAGAAAAACUGAGUGAAGAAAUGUGUGUUCAAGAAUCAAUGGAGAAAAAACCACAUGAAGAAGUAACCAUUUUGGAAACCAGUAUGCCACAAUAUGACAAGAAGAAUGGUGGAGAUAUUCCUAAUCCAUUGGAAAAAUACAUGAAAAUAAUACAGCAAAAUCGAGAGCAAGAGCUUGUAGACAAGAACUCUAAAGAAGAAGAAGCUGACAUACCAUCGGAGAGGCUUGCAGAUAGUGACAGGGAAAACAGCUUUAGUGUAGCAGGCACUCUUCAUGAAGAACCUGAUGAAGAUUUCUGGUGAAUAUCAGCUAUCUGAUUAAAAAAAAGUGGACCCACUCUGAAAGAGGAACAACUAUGUUGAAGAUACUGGUUUUUUCAGAACACUGAAAUAUUUCAAUCUGCAGAGUAAUGAAGAAAUAGUACAUUUGAAUACACCUUUAAUAUUGUAACUAAUGCUAAGAAAACCAUUCUGGGAUUAACAUUUCAAAGAACUGUACCUCAUCAGUUUAUUUCACCUGGUCUGUUAUAUAGGUGUGAGUGAAGAAGAAACUUUUUAAUUAUAUUUUUCUCUAGUUUUUUUAAUGAAGAAGUUUUAAUUGGGUCACUUUUCAAUGUAAAUCCACUUAAAUGAUAGAGAUACUGAUAUUCUUUCAAAAGCUGUUGCAGGGUUUAUAGAUGAUCAAAUAUUUUUUUUCACAGCUCUGGAAUGACAGUGAAAUUCACAAUGUUGAUUUGCUUCUUUAUGGGAAGUGAAUUUGUAGAGUUUUUAAAUAUUUGUGUAUUAACUAAUUAGACAUAUUUUUCUGUAAGAAUCAGCGUAUUUCAUACUGUCAUUUUACACAACCAAAUAUUUUCUAAUUUUCCCCUAUAAUGAGGACCGACUGUUGAAGUGCAUGUUGCUUAUACAGAUUAAUUCACACUGAGUAUUAUUCUUAAAAAUAUUUAUAGGAAGAAGACAGCACGUUUAAACUUAGAAAUGGCCAACUGUGGAAAAAUUUGCCCUUUCCUUAAAUGGAAAACCAGAAGGCAACUUUUCACGCUUCAACAAGAAAGUCUUUCUUGCAAACUUCUAUUGUGGAUGAAGUAGAGAGAAUUAACCGUGUACUGGAAGAUUGUCUGAACUGAUUAAAACUGAAUGAUUCAUAUUA